AUGCUGCCGGUAGCCCCAUCUGCCACCGCCGCACCGGCUCCGCGUGCCAUCAAACGUAAGCGGGCACAGGUGUCCCACCUUCAAGACGACGACUUCGAUCAGCUCGACAUUGAACCGCCCAAGCACAUGCAGAAUACCGAGAGCAGCGAUGACGAGGCUUAUGGCCGCAAGCGGAGCAUCAAGAAGAACCCCGUCGAAAUGACGGCGAAGAAAGAGCCAAACCUGCCAAAGAAGACCAAGCCGUUUCGCUUCAUGGACCUGACCGCUGAGCUUCGAAACGAGAUUUACGAAGUUGCCCUGACAGAGCCUAAUGGGCUCACACUCGUUACAAAGAGAGCAGGACAUCGUCGCAGCAUUCAGCGUGGUCCCAUCUCUGUGUCGGAGGACAAGAACUACUACGGCAAGGUACGCCGUCGUCCUCCACACUUCAUUCACCGACAAGAAGGCGUCCGGAGUGAGCAAUACACCAAUGUGCGUUCGUUGGUGCCCAACCUUCUCGCCGCCAGCAAACAAAUCCGCGACGAGGGAAGCAGCUAUCUCUACAAGCAAGAAUUCAUUCUUGCUGAUACGAAAGCUCUACACUUAUUCGUGGCCACCAUUGGCAGUCAUAAUCGUCAGCUCCUGGCACGACUUACUAUUCGUGGAUGGACAGAAGUUCAACUUUCAGGAGGUCACAACUUUGGUGCGUUCACAAUGCUGCAGUUCUGCCCAAAUCUCCAAUGUCUCUUCUUCGACUGCACUCUCAGCCGCUACCGUCUUCCCAGAGACCUUGCUCGCCAAAUCUACUGUGAUAGCCACCUUUUCCUCGAUGCCAUUUGUGUAGCACAGGGUAGACCAGAUGCAGCCCUCGAGAUCUUGCGAUUUGGAGAUUGGCAUUUCAACAAGAAGCGUUCCCCAUUCGACUUCCAGGUCGCGGAUGGUGAUCCAGAGUUCGAUCAAAGCCAGAGGGAUGAGUUUGAUAGAGAGCUGAGAAAGCUGCUGACCACUGGUGUAAGGCGCUAG